AUAGUAAAUAGUAUUGCAGUAACCUCAAAUGCCUCAAUAGACAUGUCAGAUGUAUUAAGGCAUGUACUCCCUACACACAGUGAUUAAAAUAUCUAAGGUAACUGGAAAGAGGAGUGGACCCGAACAGUGACACCUGGCGUGAGAGGUGCUGGAAUAUUUCCUUGCUACGUUUCCGAGUUGUUGACAUGCCUUGAUUCAGGGUGUUCACUGUUGCGCUGUUUGCUAUUGCUUUGGCACGCUCCAUGCCAUUCUGUCUUUUACUCGGCGAUUGGAUACAAGGCUCAUCAUGACAACAGAAAUUAGCUUGAGUGCUGCCACAGGAAAUCCACAGCAGCCAAGUUCUGAACAAGAGCCUCCCAAGUUUGACAAACCGGAAAGUCAGCCAAAGGAGAAUCAGCAGUUGGAAGAGGUGGUGGACAAGCAAGCGGGUGGAGACCAGAACACGCCAACAACACCAGUCAAUGGUAUUCCAACCAACAAAGAGGAGGCAGCGAAGGAGCAGUCAUCCGGUAGUAAAGGCUUGUCUCGUUUCUUGCCUGGCUGGUUUAAAAGACCCAAGUCUCAGAUUUCAGAAGAGGAAAGUGGAAAGGAGGUUGGUGUCGCUUCUGAACCCAGCAACGCAAUACCAGAGCAACCACUAGAUUCGAUAAAGCAAACAGAAGAAGGCGAAUUAGUUGAGCAAGGAGCACCUAUCGCAGAUCAGGAGCUGGAUGAUAACAUUGACGAAGAAGCAACAUUAGAUUUGCAUUCUGUUAGCAGUGCUGAAACUCAGCCAGCCCAAGAGGAAAAAGAAGAUAUUGGCCCAGAAAAGGAUUCUGAAGUUAAGGAUGAAGUAAAGCUAGAUGUUACUGAGGAAAAAACUGAAAGUACAGAGUUAAAAACCAGUAAGGAUUUAAAACCACCACUCAAGGUUGCCAAAAAAUCAAAAACCAUGCAUUGUAAGGUGACUCUUUUGGAUGAAACUGAAUUUCAGUGUGAUGUUGAGAGACAUUCCAAGGGGCAUGAGCUGUUCACUAAAGUGUGUCAACAUCUUAAUCUUCUGGAGAAGGACUAUUUUGGACUGGCCUUUUGGGAUUCAACAAAUCAGAGAAGUUGGCUGGAUCUUACCAAAGAGAUUAAGAAGCAAAUGCAGGGUGGUCCAUGGGAUUUUACUUUCAAUGUGAAGUUUUACCCUCCAGACCCUGCACAGCUGACUGAAGAUAUAACAAGAUAUUACUUAUGUCUUCAGCUGCGUCAGGACAUAAUUACUGGAUGUUUGCCUUGUUCAUUUGUUACUCUUGCCCUUUUGGGAUCGUAUACAGUUCAGUCAGAGCUGGGCGAAUAUGAUCCAGAGCUACAUGGAACAGAUUAUCUCACAGAGUUAAGGUUGGCUCCAAAUCAAACAAAAGAACUGGAAGAAAAAAUAAAGGAGCUUCAUAAAACCCACAGGGCCAUGACACCUGCACAAGCAGAUCUGCAAUUCUUGGAGAAUGCUAAGAAGCUUUCAAUGUAUGGUGUAGAUUUUCAUCCUGCAAAGGACUUGGAAGGAGUGGACAUCAUGCUUGGGGUAUCUUCUGGUGGCCUCCUUGUGUACAAAGACCGACUCCGAAUAAAUCGCUUUGCCUGGCCUAAGGUUCUGAAAAUUUCAUAUAAACGCAGCAGUUUCUUUGUUAAAAUUCGUCCGGGAGAGGAUCAGUGUGAAAGUACUAUUGGGUUUAAGCUGGCCAAUUACCGUGCUGCCAAAAAAUUGUGGAAAGUAUGCGUGGAAAAUCAUGCAUUUUUCAGUAGGCUAACAACUCCAGAAUCCUCGGCAAAAAGCAAGUUCUUGUCCCUGGGUUCCAAAUUUCGUUACAGCGGUCGAACACAAGCGCAGACCAGGGAAGCAAGUGCCCUAAUUGACAGACCAGCUCCCCGUUUUGAACGUACUGCAAGCAAGCGGGCAUCCAGAAGCCUUGAUGGAGCUGCAGUAGUUGUGACUCCGGACAGAAGUCCAAGACCAGUUACCACUUCUGUGCCAACAAUAUCUCAGAGUCAUUCGGUGGAAGUCAGUAGCCCCCCCACAAUUGAUACAACAAGAGUGACUGAAUCGAAUGCAGUUGAACAGGAAGCAAAGGGUAAAAUAAAACAAGAAGAACGUCUGGUCGACAGAAGAUCUGAACCAGCCCAAGAAGUCAAGGCCCCUGCGCAGCAAACUGAAACCACUCCAAUUCCUACCACAGCAAAUGAUAAAUUACAGCAAAAGCCUGAAGGAGAAGAAGUCGUUAAAAUGCGCAAGAAGAGAUCAAAGAAAAUUGAGGGUGAAAACAUUUAUGUCAGGCAUAGCAAUUUAAUGUUGGAGGAUCUCGACAAAACCCAGGAUGAAAUAAUGAAACAUCAUGCUAGUAUCAGUGAACUAAAGCGGAACUUUAUGGAGUCUGUACCUGAACCUCGCCCCAGUGAAUGGGAUAAACGCCUCUCGGCACACUCGCCUUUUAGGACCAUGAAUGUCAACGGACCAAUUCAAGCCGGCACAGAAGAAAAAUUAAUAGAAGGCCUAUAUGGACAUUUGCGUGCCAAUGAAAAGCCAGCAGUAUUCCAGGCAACCUGCUUCUUUUAUGCAACACCAGAAAAGACUGCCAGGGAAGGACAAGUGCAGACUCCAAAUAAAACUGCUUUGCCUUCCUCUAUUUUACAUGCUCAGAAUAUGGAUGACGACCUGAAAUCAGAAUUUGAAGAGCUGUCAGAGUGUGUAAAGAUUGAUCACAAGGCAGAAAUAGAGGGACUGAAGCUUGAGAAUGGCUUCAGCAUGAGACAAGUGACUGGCCCGUUGGAGUCUCCACUGAGACAUGACUCUGACCCUUCCUUUCUGAGUAACAGCAAGGAGGAGGAAGAAUUCUGCCUCCUUCAGAACAAGGAGCUGAAGUGGCAGAGCAGGGCAGAUAUAGGCCUGGACAUGCAGCCUGAGGUUUCAGAGGAGAUUGAAGCAAAGGCCCUCAUGAGCUCUGCUUCUCCUCAACUAAACCACCAUCUGAAGGAAGGUGAACAGAAAGAACGACCUUUAAAGAUAAAUGCCUUUCAUUACAAUGAACCUCCUCGGCUAAUCCGCUGCUUUCAGCCGCCACUUGUGAAGACUCAAACUGUGACCAUCCCUGACGUGCCACCCUCUGAAAAUGAAAUUGCAACCAAUGAAGUUCCUGUUGUUCACACAGAAACAAAGACCAUCACCUAUGAAGCAGCACAGACAGGUGAUUGUAAUAGUGAUGGUGAGCCUGGGGUAUUGAUGACUGCUCAAACUAUCACAGCUGAGACUGUGUCCACCACCACAACCACACAGAUCACAAAGAUUAUUAAAGGAGGAAUUUCAGAAACCAGAAUUGAGAAACGAAUUGUAAUCACAGGAGAUGCAAAUGUUGACCAUGAUCAGGCUUUGGCACAAGCCAUCAAAGAAGCCAAAGAGCAACAUCCGGAUAUGUCUGUGACCAAGGUGGUGGUGCAUCAGGAAACAGAGAUAGCUGAGAAGGAAUAAAACCCAGCGGUAAAGAAAAUACUGCGGGGAGCAUCUUUCCAAGUACUGCUACUUGGCCAUUCAUUAGAAGAUUUUUAUACCUCUUUUUAGGAUCUGCUCACUGCCAUUUGUGUUUGCUUUGCAGCCCUUCAAUAAUUACCAACUAGACAAAGAACCUAUGACUAGAAGGGAUAUCUAAGCCAAGGAAUAAUCCUGGACUUUUUUUGUUUUUUAUUAUUACAUGGAAACAUCCUAUUUGAUACAGUUUUAGAUCCAUAGAUUUUUACAUAUUUCAGAACCUAAAAACACAGAUUGGGGGGGGGGGGGGUGCUUUGUAUUUGGGGGGGUUGUGGGAUCCCACAGCCUGUUUUAGUGCAGAAGAUAUCAGAAUGAAUUUUCAAUACAUAGAAAGGGAAAUGAAGUAAUUUGGAUAGGGUGGAGAAAUAAAAUCCCAGCACAGUUUUAAUCAUGAACCAUUUUAUACUGUGAAAUAAAGGAGCUGUGAAUAGUUGUGAACUUGGCAUUUAAUUUUUCAAACGUUUUAGCAAAGGGAGUCUUAAUUGUUACUUAUCAGGAGCCUUCCACAUUUUCCUUCUGAAAGCAGUGGUAUCCUUUUUCAAAUGGUCUGUUGAACUCUCACAACCAGCUGGCAUUUCUUAAAAUUUGGUCGAUUCUGGUGGGGUUUUUGAUUAUAAGCGGCGAUUGAAUCGCUGAAGUUAAAAUGAAACUCCAAUGUUUAAGGCUAAUGUUCAGGAAAUCUUUUAAUUUUUCAUUCUACUUUUAAAGAAAAUCUUUUUAACAACUUUGGAAAAGGGAUAUAACAGCUUUGAUAUUAUCCGGAAGUUGUAUCGGGCUUAAAUGAACAGCCAAAAAAAAGGUAUGGCCUUUGUAGGAUUGUGAUCAUCAAGUUCUAAAUUAAGUAAUAUGGAGUAAAUUAUUGAGAAUUGCUAUCUUAUUUAUGUUCCAGAUUUUGUUUACUAUAUGGGGAAAAUUCUCAAUAUGCAUUGCAUGGUCUUGGCUGGAUAAUAUAAUCUUUAAUACCUUCUCGCACUGUUGAUCAUCUGUGUUUUAAUGUGUCAUGUAAAGUGAAGUAUAUCCAGCCUGGACUUUUGCUGGUAAAUUUCAUGUGCCUCGCCAAAACUGUGCUUGUAGAUUUAGAUAUCGAAACAAUAUUGAGGCACUGGAAUACCUUUUAGUAGUUUUAUAAUCCGAAGGGGAAGAAAACCUUAAUUUAUCAUGCACAUAGAUUUGUAUUGUCAAAUGUUGAUCUGUGAGCCACAUGAAGUAUUGUGGGGAAAAGAAGUCAUUUAAAUUUAUGAUCCCAAUCCUACUAUGAAAAUCAGCUCAGUACUUUAAAUUCCAUUUUUUAGAUGUGGGCUCUACUGAUUUGAAGGAUUUUUGUACAGUUCUUUAUAUUGUAUAGAAUUAGCAACUCAAACUUUUACUCCAUUAGGUUUUACUUUUAGAACAUGUAAUCAUGAAAAUGAAUUGAGGAGUCUUUGUAGAUAUGAAUUAGUGGGAAUAAUCACACUACUGUGGGACUUCAGUUAAACCAUGAUCAUAUUGAUGAUGUGAUAGGAAACUUCAGUUGUAGCAUUUGGUAGCUGAAAGUGUUGAAAUGAAAUCAUCCUUCUAUGGCUUUUGAAUACAAAUUUUAAAGAAAUAAAACUUUUUGAUCAUAAAUUGAA